CUACAAGAGUUAGAAAAGGAAUUUGCUUGCCAAUUAAUUUUAAAGGUAAUCAGCUGAACUUAAUCUUAACAGCACAACCAAUCAUCUGCUUUGCCACAGCUUGGUUGACCUAACAUCCCUAUUUAAAACUGCACCCACCACUACCCCACUAAUGGCCAUUUACAUGACAUGUGCUCCAUGAUCAGUAGUUGUGUGGUUCCACUCCUCAAAGCUCAGCCAUGGCUGCCUUGAGGUGCUACUCUUCUACUGCUGCAAUCAUAGUCCCAAGGAGGAAGAUUUGUGCAAGAGCUUCCAUGGAUGGCUGCUCCAGUUCCGAAUCCAGGCGACGAGCUUCUAGUUCGGUCAGCUUCACCUGCAAGGUGAACAAGGUUUAUGAGGACAAAAACAUGGGCAUCCUCUGUUACACUGAUGAGACUGGUGAAUUGCUGUGCGAGGGCUUGGAUGAAGGCCCGAGACUAACGAGGCAAGAUAUUGAGAAAUUGACCCAAGAGAGAGAAUCGAAGAACACGGCAGAAGAUUGGCGGGAGAGAGCGCUGCGUAUCGCGGGCGGGAUCGACUGGAGCGGCCUCCAGUCUGCUGCUGCCACGGGGAAGAAGUGAAAAUGGAAGCUGACUUCAAGCUUAGCCCUGUAGAAACGCUGGCUGAUACUGUUAUGUGUAGAUCGAUCUCCAUGGUUGCUUGCUUGCUCGAUCCGUAAUAAGUGUCUUAUGUGUGUAGGUAGGAAGGAAGGAUUGGAGAGCACUGGGGGCUGAUCUAGCUGGUCAACUCCUACUCUUUGUCUCUCUCUGCUGAAUAAGAAAUGAUUUAGCUUCACUGCAAAUUCAUGCUGAUUCGGUUUUCAGUUUCUCCUUUUAUCAUGUCGCGUCGAGAAAAGAAUUUGCUCCAAGGGUGUUGCCUUCAAUUCGGUUUGCAAUUGAUCUGAAUUUUAACCUUGUCAUCUGGCUGUUGCGUUGUAAGCGCCCAAUUCUGGUGCAGAUCAAGCAACGCUUCCAGCAAAUAAUCUGUAGAUGAAAAAUGUCAAGCACGUGGAUUGUGGUGAUGAAUGAUGUUUAGAGAGAAGCUUGA